UGUGCUUUGCGUCGUAAGCUUACUACACUGCCUCUCAAGGAGUUCACUUUUGCAGUUUGCAUUCCAGCCCAGGGUUCUGAAAAUAGGGGUCUAGCAGGGCUAUGGAGGGCAGUGGCAGUGGCUGGAUUGGAAGUAUAAUCCCCCCUGUGACAGGGGAGGCGACGGAGGCACACAUCUACGAGGUGGCAGUCCCGAACGACCCGGCCAAUCACAGCUCCCAGUUUGCGGACGUGGCUCUCCUGCAGAGCUUCAAGCCCCUCAUUAUCCCCUGCUACGUGCUGGUGGUGGCGGUGGGCGUGUUCGGCAACUACCUGCUGCUCUACGUCAUCUGCCGCACCCGCAAGAUGCACAACGUCACCAACUUCUUCAUCGGCAACCUGGCCUUCUCCGACAUGCUGAUGUGCGUCACCUGCGUUCCCUUCACCCUGGCGUACGCUUUCAGCCCCCACGGCUGGGUGUUCGGACGCUUCAUGUGCUACCUGGUGUUCCUCAUCCAGCCGGUCACCGUCUAUGUGUCUGUCUUCACCCUCACGGCUAUCGCUGUGGACAGGUACUACGCCACAGUUCACCCUCUGAAGAAGCGGACCUCUGUAGCCACCUGUGGCUACGUCCUCACAGGGAUAUGGCUCCUGUCCUGUGGCUUGGUGGCUCCGGCCGUGGCCCACACCUACCACGUGGAGUUCAGAGAGGAGGGCCUCACCAUCUGUGAGGAAUUCUGGCUGGGCCAAGAGAAGGAGCGACUGGUCUAUGCCUACAGCACCCUGCUCGUCACCUACGUCCUCCCCCUGUCUGCCCUGUGCGUCUCAUACCUCUGCAUCUCCGUGAAGCUGCGGAACUGCGUGGCUCCGGGGCAUCGGACCCGGGACCAGGUGGAGGCCCAGCGAGCCCGAAAGCGGAAGAUCUUUCGCCUGGUGGCGCUGGUGGUGGCAGCGUUCGGGGUGUGCUGGCUCCCCAUCCACGUGUUCAACGUCCUGCGCGACAUCGACAUCCGCCUCAUCAACAAGCGCCACUUCCUGCUCAUCCAGCUGCUGUGCCACCUGUGCGCCAUGAGCUCGUCCUGCUGUAACCCCUUCCUCUACGCCUGGCUGCACGAUCGCUUCCGCGCGGAGCUACGGAAGAUGUUCAAAUGCCACCGCCGCAUUGGCAUCCCUGCCAAUCACUGUGCUACUGCCAGUGUGGUCCUGUGACAGACCUGGGGCAGAGUUGGCAUGGGCGCUAGAGAGACAGGACAGAAAGGGGACCUCUAAUUGGCUGUAGCUUUUCUUCAGGAACCAAUAUGACUGAUUUCUCGGGCUAGGAAGGAAGGUGUCGCCUUAGAAAAUUGAACAGUAACAUAGAUUAACAUACCUGCUAAACUGUUACAUCCAAAGCAGGUACAAUUCAGGUGGUCCAUUUUAAGCUUAAAAACUAUAGUUAGAUGUAACAGAUUGGGCUUGUAGAGGUGGAAUCCUGAAGCUGAGGAUACCUUGAAUGAAGAUUAUAAAAUAUAUAUACUGAGAAAAUAAAUAAUAUAUAAAAGUGAAGGAAUACUUAACCAGAAUAAGAGAGCGCUCUCGUCUUUUGCCAUGACUGAAUUGCAUGAAUGAAUGAACAUCUGCAUAAAGGGACUCAAAGGUAAUUAUUGUCUUUUCCUGAAAAUGGCUUGGAAUGACGUUUUGGAUAAUCAGUAAUUACUGUAAUUUUCUUGUUAUGAUUCACUUCCGUGUUUGUACAUUAUGUAUAUUACGUGUGUAUAUUGGAGUACAGCUUGCUUACAGUGAAAAGCCUUUUUCCUUUUUUUCAUCAAAAUGAUCCCAGAAUUGUCCUUAUAUGUGCUUUAUUUGUCAAAAAAUUAUAAGAAUGUCAAUGAUAAAUGGGGAGUGGUGAACUUUUACUGAGAAUUAUAUACCAGGCUUCUCUUAUAUGACCAUGCAAAUACUAGUAGUUGUAUGGUGUUUUGAUGCAGAUGUUGUGAAUUUUUAUGCAAUCA